AAUUCUUUUUUUGAAUAAUUUACAGAGUGACAUUUAUUCCUUGUAAAAAUUCUUGUUAGACUUUUUUAAUGUGUUUUUCUUUUCAACUUGUGGGGUUGGGGUUACAGUGUUAGUGCUGUUGCUGCUGGCUUGGUGCUUUACUUUGUUCUUAGUUUUUCUACUUUCUUUCUCUCAAAUAUUCUCUUCUUUUUUUUUUCUUUCUUUUGAGAGUGUGUUAAUAUUCUUUAUCUCUAUGUUAUAUUCUUUGUUCUGAUUCUGUGAGGGAAAGAAGAAGAAGGCAAUGGCUAACAUUUCUCAUCCUCCAAUGGAACAACUUCAAGACCUUGAGUAUUGCAUAGACUCCAAUCCUCCAUGGCCUGAAACCAUCUUGUUAGCUUUUCAAAAUUACAUAUUAGUGCUUGGCACAAGUGUGAUGAUCCCCUCAGCGCUUGUACCUUUAAUGGGUGGAUCAGAUGGGGACAAGGCAAGGGUUAUACAAACCCUGCUCUUUGUGGCUGGAAUAAAUACUCUUCUCCAAGCACUGUUUGGAACUCGGUUGCCAGCUGUUGUUGGAGGUUCAUUUGCAUACGUCAUUCCUAUAGUCUAUAUAAUUAGUGACUCGCAUCUUCAACGAAUCAGUGAGCCACAUGUAAGAUUUGUACAUACGAUGCGAGCUAUUCAAGGAGCUUUAAUUGUCGCAGCUAGCAUUCAAAUUAUUUUGGGAUACAGCCAAGUUUGGGGGCUCUUCUCACGAUUCUUCAGUCCGCUUGGGAUGGCACCCGUUGUUGGAUUAGUUGGUUUCGGCUUAUUUCAGCGAGGAUUUCCCGCACUAGGGAAUUGCGUUGAAAUUGGGCUUCCAAUGCUAUUGUUGGUCAUUGGCUUGUCACAAUAUCUAAAGAAUGUUAAACCAAUGAGGGAUUUUCCAAUAUUCGAGCGAUUCCCUGUUUUAAUUUGUGUUACCAUUAUCUGGAUAUAUUCGACCAUUCUGACGGCUAGUGGGGCUUACCGUGGCAAAAAUGCUCUAACGCAGCAUAAUUGCCGCACUGAUAGAGCAAAUCUCAUUUCUACUGCUCCAUGGUUUAAGUUUCCAUACCCCCUGCAGUGGGGGCCUCCUACUUUUGCUGCUGGGCAUUCUUUUGCUAUGAUGUCUGCAGUUCUUGUCUCGAUGGUUGAGUCAACCGGAGCUUAUAUGGCGGCAUCUCGUCUGGCAAUUGCCACUCCACCUCCUGCCUACGUACUAAGCCGUGGCAUUGGAUGGCAGGGAAUAGGCAUUUUGCUUGAUGGACUUUUUGGAACAUGCACUGGUUCAACUGUUUCUGUAGAAAAUGUGGGACUUCUUGGAUUGACUCGAGUUGGAAGUCGAAGAGUUGUUCAAAUUUCUGCAGGUUUCAUGAUAUUCUUUGCUAUGCUAGGGAAAUUUGGGGCUGUUUUUGCAUCGAUACCUUUCCCAAUAUAUGCUGCACUGUAUUGUGUUCUGUUUGGUCUUGUAGGCUCAGUUGGAUUAUCAUUUCUUCAAUUCACAAAUUUGAAUUGUAUGAGGAAUCUCAUAAUAACGGGACUAUCACUUUUCCUUGGGAUAUCAAUUCCACAAUUUUUCAAUGAAUAUUGGCAUCCAGCUCGUCACGGUCUUGUUAAAACCGACGCUGGCUGGUUCAAUGCAUUUGUCAACACCAUAUUCACGUCGCCUCCAAUGGUGGGGCUAAUAGUUGCUGUGUUUCUUGACAACACAUUGGACGUGGAGAAUGCAAAGAAAGAUCGGGGCAUGCCUUGGUGGGUGAAAUUCAGAACUUUCAGAGGUGAUAACAGAAACGAAGAGUUCUACACGUUGCCAUUCAAUCUCAACCGGUUCUUUCCUCCUACGUAGCAAGGCUGAAAAGCUUAGUUCUCUUUUGCAGUUAAGUUAACAUGAUAGAUCAAAGUCUCAGAAUGGGUCUCUGGCAUCAUUUUAUUUACAGACACUUGAUCACAAGCUAAUUUUUAUAACCUGAAUUUCUUCGAUUUUUUGUGGGCAUUGGCUAGCAAGUUCAGAAGGGGAGCCUUGGUGCAACGGUAAAGUUGUGUGACCUAUUGAUCCCACGUUGGUUUGUGAACGUGGGAUGUUUCGUGCACUAGAUUGCCCUUUUUAUUGGCUAGCGAGGUCCCAAGUAGGAAUCUAUAGAGCUUACUGAUCAAUGCUGUGUAGCUAUUGCACUUUGAUGAAUAAGGAAAAGAAGGUCUCCCUCACUUUAUGUUCUAUUGAGGGAACUAUAGCAGCAAUGACUAUUAUGUAAAGAAUGAGACUUUCUUCAGAUUCAUGCUAAAAUUACUGAAUGAAACUGCAUCAAUCUUUUCCCUUGAA